AUGCCUAGCUCUCCCAAGUCCAGAUUCAAGCUUAUUGUGUUGGCAACCUUCACAGCUUUGAUUCUACUUUAUUACGUCAAGUCUCAAAAGUCAUUAUUACCAAAGAACGACCCAAUAGGUAAUUUGAGGUUUGACUAUGAUUCAUACAGGUCUCUGCAGCAGCAACAGCAGCAACAGCAGCAACAGCAGCAACAGAAAGCUGUACUGCAGGAUUCUGAGUCACUGAGUUCACUCAGUAGACCAACACCAACAUCAACACUAAUAAAUGAUCCAAAAAAUCCUAAAAAGUUUCUAGGUGAAAUCAAUGCAGUUCCACCGCUGGAGGUUGCACCAAUAUUGCCAGGCCAAAAGGAUCUACUAGGGGUUCCACCGCCAAAUUUAUUCCUCAACACCAUCACUAAACCCGAACCACCGAUUCCAAAAGUUUCGUUGCAACCUUUGGCUAAUACUUAUAUCAAGCCACUAAAGUUCAGGAUUUACUCACAUAAUGUUAAAAAUGGCGGAACGCAUGAAUUAAUUCCAGGUGAGCUUUCCUGGGAAGAAAGAGUCAAGGACAUUACCUCGUCCAUGAAGUUCCAUGCGACAGAAUCGACAAUCUUUACUUUGCAAGAGCUCUAUAAAUACCAAAUAUUGGAUAUUAUUGCUCAAUUAAACAAGUUCGAUAAGCAAUGGACCUUUUAUGGUGCUGGAAGAAUCAAUGGAGACGAAUUGGGGGAGUCUGUCCCCAUCAUAUACAAUUCAAACCAAUGGGAAUUACUUUAUAAUGAUACGUUUUGGUUGAAUGGCAAAGACCUGCGCUCUUCCAUACCAGGCUGGGAUGCAGUGUAUACCAGAAUUGCAUCAGUGGUUACACUCUGUCAUAAGCAACUGAACAACAUCGUGAAUAUUUUUAAUACUCAUUUCGAUCAUAUUGGCAUAAGUGCCAAAACUGGAUCGGCAGACUUGAUUUUGAACAAAGUAGAUUAUCUUCUGAAAUGGAGUGAGAAUAAGUGGCCCAGUUUUAUUGCCGGCGAUUUCAAUGCUGAGCCCAAUGAAGCCUGUAUUAAGCAAAUAAAGGAAGUAAUGGUUAACAGUGUUGAUUUGGCCACGGUGGGAAAUAUGUUUGGGCAUACAAAGUCUAGCGUUACCGGUUUUGAAGGUGAGGUGUUACGAGAUGGUGGUCAAAACAUUGACUAUAUUUUUGCUCCCAAAUAUACAAAGAGAAUUGAUGAACUAGGAGGCACAAGCGCAGCAAGGAGUGUUUGUGACAAAAGUAUCAAAUCAAACGUCUUUGAAGAGAAGGCAGAAUUGGCAUUAGUUCAGUUUGGGAUGUUGCACUCAAAGUUUAACGGGCGUUAUAUGAGUGAUCAUCGCCCUAUAGUUGCUGACUUUGUCAUGAACCAUAAAUGCCAGGUGUAA